ACAGAUCGAAUCAAUGUUGUAUUUUGUUGAUUUUAUUUUGUCUGAGAAAAUGAUUCUCAUUCUCAAGAAUUAAUCGAUCAUGACCAUCUUACACGAUGAUAAUGGCAGGUAAGAAGAAUAAUGCACAACACUCGACGUUAACAUUGGCUACUCAUUCGACCAUACAAAAUGUUGAAUUAAUUUUGGAACGAUUUUUCGAUUAUCAUAUAACCUAUCAAUGGGAUAAGGCCAAAGAAUAUAUUGAACAUGAACGUGAUCAAUUUCGUGCCAAAAAUUCACAUUCAAUAUUGACAUCGAUGUUACAUUAUCUGGCACAAUUAAUCAUUGCUGAUCGUAAUUACUUGACAUUGCAAUUUUUCUCAAGUAAAGUAUUUCAACGUAAAGAUUUGUUGAAAUCAACAUAUGAUAAUCUGAAAAUUGAAUUUCAACGUCUGGAAGAACGAUCUAAUCAAUUAUUUUUACGACAUAAUUUUCAUCUACUCCCAUUUCAAUCAUCGUCAUCGCCAAUUCAUUCAAAUUCUAAUAAUGGACAACAACAAGUUGCAUCGAUUGGUGGUUCAAUCGGUUCGAUUAAUGAUGUUGCCGAUCUAGUUGUCGAAGAGGCUCUGGCCGAUGAUAGUGAACCAGCCAAAGAGGCACUUGAUUGUAUCGAUAUUAUUGAAGCCGUGGACAAUGAAAACAGCAGCCGACAACAAUCGCCAAUAUUUGGUACGAACGCAAAUCUUCAGUCAUCUAGUUUAUCUCGAGAUCAAUCAUCACAAAAUACAACAAAAAGCACUUUUUUCUCUAAAUUAUUUCGUCGAUUCUCUUCUACACAUUCAGUAGAUAAUGUUGGCCAUUCAAAUCAGACAAAAUCAUCCGAAAUGAACGUGCCUAUUUUCGAAAGUCUUGCAACGGAAGAACUGACAUCAUCGAUACCACCACCACCACCACCACCUCUUCCGAUGAAUUUGGAUUCAUUCAAUCAUCUUGAUUCUUUGGAUCAAUUUGCUGGACAUUUAUGUGGUCAAUUAAUUAUCUAUUGUAAAGUUCGUGUCGAAAUGAUUGAUUUUUAUGAACGUUUAGCUACGGUCGCUGGUAGCCAUCAUCAACAUUGUCAACAACAGCAGCAGCAGCAGCAAACUAUUAGCAAUAAAUUCCUUCAAUUGGAUGAUUUUUUACAAACCCUAAAUGAUAUACAUUCACGUGCUGAAGAUUCAUUUCAUCAUCCGGUAUUGACUCGAUUGAAAAUAAUGUUCAUGUUUGAAUGUGAUAUAAUGUUGGCGUUAGUUCGUGGCCAUCAAUCAAUACAGCAAUGGCGUUAUCUAGAAAGUUUAUUCGCAUUACAAGAAGCACAUAAUAAAAUUGGUCGUUUAGCUAACCCGAAAGAAUUUUUCAUUGGAAAUCAAAUGCUUUUAUCAAUGGUAGCCGGUAAUGCUGGAUCCAGUGCAGUCAUUGUAAAUGGACCACCAUCGUUUCGGCAAAAUUCACUGCCGCCAACAACAGGUGGUCAACAAGCUAAAGUAAAUCAAACCAGUGCUAGUAGUGGACAGAAUAAUAAUCAGAUACCAUUGACAGGUUCAACUAGUUCGAGCCCUAGUGUUGCAAAUAUAAAUACUAUGGGUGGUCGUCCAUAUUCACCAUUAUCACCGAAUUUUGUUUAUCCAAACACUACUACCGGAACAUCUUCAUCGUCAUCAUCAUCAACAUCGACAAAAUUUCUAUUUCGUACCAUUCAACAACAACAACAACAGCAACAUGAUUCCGGAUCUUCAUCAUUGGUGUUGUUGGAUUCAAAAUCGAUACCAUCAUUGAUUCAAUGGUUCAAUCGAUUUAAAUUAUUUUUAUUGUCAAAAUAUAGUUUUUAUUUUCAUUCCUUAUUGAUGAUUCAUUUGACACCGAUUCAAUCAAGUGGACCAUCAUCAUCAUCAUCAUCAUCAUCGACAACAACUAUUGCUGCUACAUCAUCAUCACCAUCAUCGACCAUAAUACAAUCAAUGACAUUGACAAAUUCUUUAUCUUCACUGAUAAAUCAAUCGCAAUAUUCACCAACAUCAAAUUAUCAACAAACGGAUAAUUAUAUGCGUAAUCUAUUUGCAAGACAUGGUAAUCACAGCAAUCAGUUUUGUGAUUUUCAUUCGAGAAUUGUUCAAUUUAUACGUAAAAUUGGUUCAGAUUUUCAAUCAUGCAUUGUGCUUGUAUGGAAUAUACAGGGAAAAUCAAAUGCUUCAUUAGCCGGUUAUCGUGCGCCACACAUUGAUUCGGUUAUUGCUCAAGGUCGUAGUCCAUUGCCAAUAAUUUAUUGCUAUCCACUGGAAGCCAAUAUGAAUCGUCAUCCAUUCUUGAUAAUGAUAAUGGAAAGUCAUUCGAAUGAAUUGAAUAAUAGUGAUGUGGUUGUUAUCGAACAUGAUCGUAAUGGACCGCAACAAUCCACAACGACAACAAUUGAUUCGAAUCAUCAUGGUUCGAUUAAUUCAUUAUCCACUCUAUUGAAUGGCACAUAUUUUCUUACACGACCAGAUCCGGAUAUGACAUUGUCAUUAAUAGUGGAAUCUAAACGGCCAAUAACUGAACGUGAUCAAAACUACAUGCAAUUCUUCAUGCAAGACCUAUCAUUAUCAUUACGCGAUACGAAAAUUUUACAAAGUUUUCGUAUGGCAAAAUUUUGACCAUUCAAUCAAUCAAUAUUGACUCUGGUUUUUUUCUAACGAACAAGUUUGUUUGACAUAUAUAUUUUAUUUUAUUUUA